GGUUAGACGGUCUGGAGGGGCCCAAUCGCCCGAGGGCGAGGCUGCUCGGGAGAUUGGCAUUGGUCAGUGCGUCACGAUGCCGAGCAAACAACAGUGGAAAUGUCGUAUAGCGGUCCAAGAGCCGGUGAGGGCGUGGAGACCGGUAGCGUCGAGCUUAUAAUGACAGCGAGAGCCGUGCGAGGCGGAGUCGGCAGCCUGAGAUUCCUCACCUUUGACAAACUGCUUUGCGACUGCUUUCGCUGAAUCACGACAAGAUGGCAACAGCAGUCCUGCACAAGGCCUCCUGGCUCGCUCUAUUUGCUGUGGCGACGACCGUUACUGCACAGUCUAGCAGUGCAUUCUGGACCUUCACUACACGCUAUCAGGAUUGCAUCUCCACAUACUCAGGGAUGUACUCAGAUUACACCUAUUCGUCAACAUGUACAAUCAAGGACUCGGUGACUCCAACCGUGGAGCCUUAUGAGAUCAGUACCCCAACUAGCGACAGUUACGAUUACUAUUAUGGAUCCUCGGACCUCGCAAUGUAUACCGCGUGGUAUACUGCCGGCGCAGUGCCCGAUUCCGACCUCAAACCGACAAAUGACUACUAUGCGACUACCACGACGGCGAGAUCGACCUCCACAUAUUAUGAUUUCUCCAUGCUGGUUACCUACACGGCGCCAGCCGACUGCCCCACGGCUUUCACUAUUACGACCAAUGCGUCGGUGGAUGUUCCCACCCAGGUCCUGCACUCAGUCACUCCCUACGCGGUUGAUACUUCGAUCCCAGUGCCAACUGCCCGUGCGUCGUACAUCUACGAGACCUGGUACCUGAGCGGUGGUGAAGCGCCUUUCACAAGUACAAAGGAUUACUAUUACACCGAGUACAUUGAACAAUGCUCCACACCAUACCAGUUCGGCAGUUACUCUGACUACUCUUACACACGUUCUCGAUACACAUCCCCUACCGAUUCAGUUAGCGGCGGAACGAGUGGAAAUUCCGGAGAUUCCUACCGCUGGGAUUACUGCUACUAUGGCUACGGGUGCACAAAUCUUCGGGUCUGGGUCAUCGUCAUUGCGGCAGUGAUCCCUAGUCUCUUCGUCCUAGGAUUCUUCGAGAGUUACUUCUGGUUCCGUAGACUGAUGCUGGGGAAAGGAUGCUUGCGGUUCGGCACUAUCUCAUGGAUCUGCAUCUCGCUAUGGGUGGCAUGCUUCACCAGGUCGCAAAGCCGGCGCAGCCCAGAAGACCAGCUGCUGCUGAGGCAGAAAUGGAAGGAGACAAGUUUCGGCACUGCUAUCAAGCUGUGGUUCAAAUGGGGUUUCCGACACCGAUACCCCGUUCCUCUUCUCGGCCAGUACUCGCGCAACACGGUCGGCAUCGUGCCUGAAGGACAACCUCUUCCCGCUCCUGGCAUGGUACAGACGAAUGGCAACUAUCCCGGAGGACCCCAGCCGCCGCCUGGCGCUUUUAUCCCCAACGGUCAAGGCCAGCCCUACUACCCUCCACCUCAGGGUUGGGCAGCUGCACCGAACGGUCAAGGAUAUCCCAUGCCGCCUCCGGGACAGCCCUAUAUGCCAAACGGUACCGUUCAGUACUACGGUGAGCAGACGAAGGACGCGCCGAGUGUCACCGCAACUUCGGUGUCACCCGUGAACGGCGCGCCGCAACCCGCACCUUCGCCAGUCUCACCGACGGUAUCACCGCACGUACACAACCCGAAUGUUGCUGAAGCUCCGGCUGCAACUCAGGUGCCCGUUCAUCCUACUGAACCGCAAGAUCCUGCUCCAACACAACUACCUACACAUAAAGACAGUGCUGUAUAAGCCCACAUCUACCUAAUUUCUUAAUCCUAAUGGUCCUGUAGUCAGCGACCCGUUGAAGGCGCUGUUCCAGUCAUAGACGGUUCACUCGUUGAGCACAAGAUUCUUGUAUUUUUUGCUUUUUUUGCAUGGAUGAUAUCCCCAGGAGCAUGAGCUCGAAGUUUCUAGUUUUUCGCAAUCGAUGGACAAGAGUCCAGGCAUAAACAUCUCCAUACAGUCCUUCCUUUAACUUGAGAAUGCAGUGACGAGCUCCCAUGAUAGACACCGCGCUUUGACCUCACCAUUUUCACUCACCACUCGGCUUAUACAACACCGUACGGGGUACUUGCGCUUACCACUCACUUCGUGCCACUCCAAGCCGUGUACCUCAAAGACGUACCUUUGCCUCUGCAACUCAAUCCUCACCACACUGUG